CCCCCGUCUACAAAGGCUUGACAGGCACUCGCAGCCCCAGGCAGAGAGACUCCUUCCCUGCGAAGGCUUCUCCUCUCCCCUAUCCCCCCCCCCCCCCCCCCCCCCCCAACUCGUCGCAUUCUCCUCGGUUCAGCAGCGACGGGAUGGCGAUAGACCACGCGGCGCGUCUCGGACUGACGAGCAGAGGUGCCACGGGAGGCGGCGGGUGCGGAGACGACGUCGACGCCGAGAACCGGCGGUGGCCGCCGUGGCUGAAGCCGCUGCUGUGCACGAGCUUCUUCGUCCAAUGCAGGAUCCACGCCGACGCGCACAAGAGCGAGUGCAACAUGUACUGCCUCGACUGCAUGGACGGCGCGCUCUGCUCCCUCUGCCUCGCGCGCCACCGCGACCACCACUCCAUCCAGAUACGGAGGUCGUCGUACCACGACGUGAUCCGGGUGUCGGAGAUACACAAGGUGCUGGACAUCGCCGGCGUGCAGACGUACAUCAUCAACAGCGCGCGCGUGGUGUUCCUCAACGAGCGCCCGCAGCCUCGCCCGGGCAAGGGCGUCACCAACACCUGCGAGGUCUGCGAGCGCAGCCUCCUCGACUGCUUCCGCUUCUGCUCCCUCGGGUGCAAGAUAGUGGGCACGGCGCGUGGUUACCGUCCCAAGAAGAAGCACGGCGGCGGAGGCGGCGGCGGUAACAAGAGGAAGAGAGCGGCGCUUAAGGACGUGCGCUCUGACUCGGAGGAGUCGUGCACCAGCACCAGCGGCGCCAGCAGCGACAAGAGCAGCGUCGUGCAGAGCUUCUCGCCGUCGACCCCGCCGCCGGCCUCCGCUAGCUACCGCCGCCCAGGGAACAAGCGCCGGAAGGGCGUCCCGCACCGGUCGCCCUUCGGUAGCCUCAUCGUCGAGUUCUAGGACUCCUUCGUCAGCGCCUAGGCAAUGCGCUCUCUACUGUACAGGACAUGACAAAGCCCGGAAGGGAAGGGAAUAACAGGACGCGCUUCUGGACGUGGAGGCCGGCCGGCGGCGCAAAUGCCAGCGACGGGCGAGAGCGGUAAGCACACACCAGCGGUGCAGCCCGUGCUGCUAUAGUUUUGCUUCUUUUUCGCGCUUUGUUACUUCAGUUGGUACUAAGUUUUGCAGCCUUGUACAUUGUAAUAUACUAGUACUACUCUCCAAUGCUAGAUGUACAUAUACAUACACAGUGUUGGCAGUAUCAUAAUGUGGGGGUAGCAGUAGGCAGCGAGGUGUGUUCGUAUGCGCAUCAUCAGCUGUGUAAUAAAAAUAAAGAAAUGCUUGCUCC